AUGUCCCGGUUUACCUGCAGCGCGUGGCGUUUCUGCCCGCCCGAAAACAUCGCUCCAGAUGCCGUGGAAGACGUGCCGGCCGUCUCAACUGUUCUGCCUUGGAUGGAGAACCAAACCAUGGUAACUCCUCUCAAACAGCCGAUUGUUUUCGAACUCAUAGGGUUUGAUGUUCCUCCAGGAUCCGGUCCCCUCCUGUUCGUCCUGGUUCUGGUGGCGUACUUCGUGAUCUUACUGGGGAACGGGGUCGUACUGUGUGUCAUUGUGAUGGACAAGAACCUCCACAGACCCAUGUUUGUGCUCAUCUGUCACCUGAUGCUCUGUGAUCUGCUGGGGGCCACAGUGGUGCUUCCUCGCCUCAUGAUGCACUUCUUGAUGGGGCAAAGGAAGAUCGCCUACGCCCCGGCCUAUGUUCAGGCUGUCUGUGUGCACACGUACGGCACAACGGUGCUGAACAUUCUGGUUGUGAUGGCCUACGACAGGUAUGUUGCAGUGUGUGAACCUCUCAGGUAUCACUCCAUCAUGACUUCGGCUCGGUUCCACUCGUGCUGCGCUCUGGCCUGGACCGUGGCCCUGGUGUUCAUUGCUCUGCUCUUUUCCUUCCACAUGAACGUCCCGCUGUGCGGCCAAACCAUCCAACAUGUCUACUGCAGCAACCGAGCCAUCCUAGACCUGUCCUGCAUUCCCACCCCCAUAAGCAACAUCUACGGUCUGGUUAUGACCUGGUCUUGGAGUUCUGGGACCUUCAUCCUCAUUGCUUUCUCCUACAUCAGAAUCCUGAGUGUUUCUCUGAAACAAGGCCGAGCUGACAGCAGCGUCCGCAGCAAGGCCUUUCAGACCUGUGCGCCUCACAUUCUUGUGUACGUGCUCUAUCAGAUAGCUUCGUUGAUCGUCACCGUGGGUUCCAGGUUCCCCUCUCUUUCACCAAAUAUUAAGAAGUUCUUCAGCAUUUUAAUUUUCAUCAUGUCACCACUUAUUAACCCCAUCAUCUACGGCCUGGUCAGUAAGGACUUACAAUCCAGUGUCGUUAAGUGUUUCUCUGUACGAGUCAGAAACAAAAUCUGA